AUGAGCUCCACUAGGAGCCACUCCCUCCUGCGGAUGCAAAACAGCUGUAUGCGCUGCUCGAGCUGGCGAUCUCAAGCGGUAUUGAACUCGAGCACGGCUAGUAGAGCGGGAGAGAGGAGUCGCAGGGCCUACUCAUCGGCGCCUGGCAGGGGUGCCAAAAGCGGCGCAUACAAUCGUGGGAGUAGGACCGUCUCGGCUUCGUUCGCUGUGGGCGCCGGCGCUGCUGCUGCUUUGGCGCUCAACUGGGCAACCAGUAGCACGGCAAGCGGGGUGCAAUGCGAUGGAACGAUUCCUGCUGCAAAGGUGGGCAAUGUCAGUGUGGGAGGGGGCAAGGUGAGUCUUGUCCGCACGCGGGCUGCUAGUGCGAGUCGCCCAUGGGAGCUGACUCGUAGCUGUGCGCCUUGCGAUCCUCAUACAGUCCGCUGUGCCGGACAUUUCUGCACUGCGACCAACAGUGUUGACGGACUCGUCGGCUUCGAUGAGGACGCGCAUGGAGACAUAUGUCAAGCUCUUGCAAUACAAGAUAGUCAGCGCCUUGACCGAAGAGGAGACGGGCUCCAAAGGCUUCUUCGUGGAUACUUGGUUGAGAAAAGAAGGCGGAGAAGGCAUCUCUUGCAUAUUGCAAGAUGGCGAAACGUUUGAAAAGGCAGGGGUCAACAUUUCCAUCGUCCAUGGCUCGUUGCCGCCGAGGGCGAUACAGCAGAUGAGCGCUGAUCAUGCAGGACUACUGGACAGUGUGGGCUACGACCUGGGCCUCGGCACUGGCCCAGUUGGCUCUGCUACUUCAAAACAGGCCGAAGUCAAAGGUCUUCCAUUUUAUGCUACCGGACUUUCUCUCGUAGUGCACCCUCGCAAUCCACAUGCGCCCACGGUGCACUUCAAUUACCGCUAUUUCGAAUUGACGCAUCCUCCGACCCUGGCGGAUGGCUCCGUCAAUCCUCGUUAUGAUCCUUCUGAUCCCACAAAGCCAUGUGCUUGGUGGUUUGGAGGCGGAACCGAUUUGACGCCCAUGCUGCUCUAUUCGGAAGAUGCGGAGCACUUCCACAAGGUGCUCAAGUCAGCUGCGGACAAGCACGAGACUGCAUGCUAUCCCGCAUGGAAACGUUGGUGCGAUCGAUACUUUUACCUGCCUCAUCGGGGAGAGACGCGAGGAGUAGGAGGAAUCUUUUUCGACGAUCUGACACUACCUCGAGCAGCGCAAACCGCUCGGAUACUGCUUCAAGAAGGAAAACCAAAUGCAGCGAAUCCUUCCGAAGUCUCCAUUCGACCUACACAAAAGCUGCACGAUCGAGAAUCCCUCUUUGCGUUGGUGCGCGAGCUGGGCGACGCUUUCUUGCCGGCUUACUUACCCAUCUUGCAAAGGAGGAUAAGGAUGGCUACCUCGCCAGAGGCGGAGAGAUGGCAACGUCUUAGACGGGGAAGAUACGUAGAGUUCAACCUCCUGUACGACCGUGGCACCAAAUUUGGAUUGCAGACUCCAGGAGCUAGGAUUGAGAGCAUUCUCAUGAGUCUGCCGCUCGAAGCUAGGUGGGAGUACGUGGAGAGGCACAGUGGUGUAGGACAGACUGGCAGUGAGCAGGAAGAGGAAAGCGCAACACUCUCUGCGGGGCAGAAGGAGCAGAGCAGGCGCGAAAGGGAGACCAUGAAGGUGCUGAGGAAACCCCAGGACUGGGCAUAG